AUGUUUUCUUGUUUCUGUUUCAGCAUUCAGGAUAAUUCCUUCAACACGACAGCUUUAGCAGAGUGUGAUGGGGAUUCAGACUCUGCACAUGAAGAUCAAGCAGCCAGUUCCAGCGCCAGAGAUGAUGAUAACAAAGAAAAUUAUCCAGAUAAUGCUGCUGUCUUAGAGGAAAGACAUCUGCCUUUGGAAGAUACUCAGCAGCACAAGCAGCAGGCUGUAAUUGACUACGCUCUAAAGCCUGAAAUGGGCAACUUAAAGCUAAGAAAACCUAAGCCCAUUGCAAAACUAGAAAAUGGAAAAAGCCAUGAGGAAAAUCAGGAGCUGGAAAGUGCAUUGGGGGGCCUUGCGGUUUGGCAGGGGAAGGGUGGAUCCUCAGCUAAUGACUAUGCACAGAACGUGGCCUUCAGAUGCCAGGAAGCAGUUGUGAAAUUUCAACCAAGAAUAGAUCAGAACUCAUGCAUUUCACCAAAAGAAACAACUGAGCAAUUUAACAGCUUCAAUGAGAAUUCUUUGUUGAAGCUACAAGCCCUUGAAACCGAUCUGUGCUCUGCGUUUCUGCCAACCCAGGAAGAAACUCCUCAGCUGCCGGCACCCAAGGACCCAGCCCCUUCGUCAGUCCAAACCAGUGUGCAAGCUGAUGGGGCCAGUUGUGGAGAGCCUGUGCCAGCCCACAGAGACUGGCAGAAUGACAUGGACAGCAGCCCACAAGAACAUCACUCCCUAGGGACCAGUCGACUGCUGUAUCACAUUACAGAUGGAGACAAUCCUCUUUUGUCACCACGCUGCUCUAUCUUUAGCCAAAGCCAGAGAUUUAAUCUAGACACAGAGUCUGCCCCUUCUCCACCAAGUGCUCAACCUUUCAUGAUGCCAAGAAGUUCUUCUAGAUGUAACUGUGAAGAGUGCAAAGAACCACAAACAGUAGCACAACUUACCAAGCACCUUCAGAGUCUCAAGAGAAAAAUAAGGAAGUAUGAAGAAAGGUUUGAGCAAGAAAAAAAAUACCUGCCUUCACAUGGUGACAAGACGUCCAAUCCUGAAGUUCUGAAAUGGAUGAAUGAUUUGGCCAAAGCCCAUAAGCAGCUGAAAGAGCUGAAACUCAGAAUGUCAGAAGAGCAAAACUGUACUUCUAGAGCACCCCAAAUAAAUUAUCAUUGCGAAAGCACUGGGACCUCUAAAGAGGCUGGGACACAGGCGGCCAUGAGCACAGAACCAGCUCCCUCAGUAGAAGAAACCAUGGAUAGUGUAUUGAGACGAUUAAAGGAGAAAAGACAACAUUUUAACUUCCCUGAGACUAUUAAG